AUGAAGCGGGGCCGACUCUUUCAGUGCGCAGCUUCGGCUUUGGUAUGGCAAGGAGCAUACGCACGUCUUGUCACGGUGCCAACCAUCCCUUUCACGGAGACGGGUGGGAGCUAUGAUUUAUCGCAGCUCACCCAGAUUAUCGUGGACUCGCGAUAUGUCAACGCGGUAGACCACCAAGGCCAAACGCUCAUACCACCGACGCUCCUGGGUUUCGCCGAAACCUUCCAAGGUGACCUCAAGUCGUCUCUGGGCUUGAACCUUGACCUUGCUAGGGGUGGCGCAUCCAAGGAGAACACCAUCUUUUUGACUCUGGCGAAUAACACCCAGUUCCGCGAUGUCGCCGGUCGAUUUACAUCCGAGGGAUACAGGCUCGAAGUCACCGACGAUCGGAUAGUCGUGACGGGGGCAAGUCCCCUCGGUGCAUGGUGGGCCACCCGCUCCAUCAUCCAAGCUGCAGCAGCUGGAAAUUCGAGUAUGCCCCAAGGAGCAGGCGUGGAUGCGCCAGGCUGGGCAUCCCGCGGCGUAAUGCUCGAUGCUGGGCGCAAGUUCUUCCCCGCGGACUUCCUUGUUGAGAUGUGCUCGUAUCUCUCGUUCUUCAAGCAAAACACAUUCCAUGUCCAUUUGAGUGAUAACCUCUAUAACAAUGUGGACCAAUAUUCCCGCGAGCGCUCGCUGGAUCUGUACGCCGCUUUCCGACUGUGGUCAGACGAUCCGGCAGUCGCUGGCUUGAAUCGCCGGGCCAAUGAGUCUUAUACCUUUGAUGAACUCAAUGACGUGCAGAAGCAAUGCGCAAAGCGUGGCGUUACGAUCAUCCCGGAGAUCGAAGCCCCGGGACAUGCUCUUGUGAUUGUGCAGUGGAAGCCCGAGAUCGGGCUAGAUACGGACCUGAGUAUGCUGAACAUCAGCCAUCCCGAGACACUCCCCACUAUGAAGACAAUCUGGAAGACAUUUCUGCCGUGGUUCCACAGCAAGGUGGUUCACAUCGGGGCGGACGAGUACGACAGCAGCCUGGUUGCAGAUUAUACGCGCUUUGUCAACGAGAUGGAAACCUUUAUCCGCCAAGAGACAGGCGGUCGCAAGUCUAUGCGCAUCUGGGGCACUUUCACACCCAAAGAAGGCGCGAAUGUGUCAAAAUCGAUUUCUUAUCAACAUUGGGAUACCGGGGCGGAUAAGCCGUACUACGAUUAUCUUCAGAACGGCUACUCGGUCCUCAACUCAGAUGACUAUCUCUAUCUCGUUGGCGGUUGGUCGGGGUCAUUCCCACCGCAGCUGGAGCUUAGCAAAAUAUUUCAAGGCCCAUAUGGAAAACCGUACUCGCCAGAAGUGUUGGACAGUUCUGACAAGGGUGACAAUCCCCCUCGUAACAAUCCACGAGUUUUGGGCGAGCUGGCUGCUCUCUGGAAUGAUUACGGUUCCAACGCCACCACAGUGCUGCAAGCGUAUUAUUCCUGGCGCAAUGCUCUGCCAGCGCUUGCGGAUAAACAGUGGGGCGGAAAUGUCACCGAAGAUGAAUAUCGAGCAGCGUUUGAUGCCCUGCACCAAGCAGCCCCGGGUCAGAACCUCGACCGCACAAUUCCAAGUCACUCCGAUGUCAUCCUCAACUAUUCAUUCGACAGCCAUCAUGGGGAAAUGGCGACCGAUAAGUCUGGGAACGGCUAUCACGGCACUCUGCACGGAUGCAAAGUGUCGGAUAAAACCCUCCGUCUCGUCGACGGAUGCUAUCUUGAGACACCGUUGAGGAGCAAGGGGCGUGAUUAUACCCUUUCAUUUCGAGUGAAGCCAACUUCGAAGAUGCCAGGCGCUCUCUUCUCUGGGCCCGACUCUGUGUUCAUGGCCGGCAAUGGCUCUAUCUCUAACGUAACGUUGAUCACUGGCGGCAACCCAUACUCGCUGAACUACAGCUUGCCUCUGAACGUCUGGACAGAUGUGAGCCUCAUUGGGAAAGGAAACACCACGCUGUUGACUGUUUCUGAAAAGGGAGCCAAGUCCACGACUAUGGAAUUUCUGGCGAAGAUCGGUGUCAACGGGGAGUAUUUCGCUUGGGCACCGAUUGGCAUUGAAGCUCCGCUGGCGCGGAUCGGGCAGGGGUUUAAUGGGCUGAUGCAGAAUAUCGUUCUCAAGAAUGGUGCUCCCGAUAAAUAG